CUCGUGUUUCGGCUCUACGGCAGUGUUCCAACGCGCUCGCUCGUGUCAGUACGAUCAGAGUUUUGUAGCCGGGCGCACACGCCAGGCAAACCCAGCAGCAGCAGCAGCAGCAGCAGCACCAGCGCGCGUGUGUGUUGGACCGCGAAUGUGCCGCGCUACGAUUUGUGUUUCUUCCGGCUGUGCUGUUUCGGCGGGGCCCGCGUUGUUUUGAUUGACAGAAACAUACGGUAGUAGUAGGACGGGAGGAAGGUUUGUGCGCUAACGGCGGAGCGGGGCAGCGGUCUAUUUGCAUCGAGGGAUGUCGAAAGUUCACAGCGAAAUUUAACCAUGUGCCAGAUUCUCUGACGCUUUAAUUGCAACGAAAUAUACCUCAACAACAGUGCAUUAGUAAGUGAGAUUGUUUAUGACAGUCCAAAAACCGCCCCCGAAAUUCGUUCAGUGUUCAGUGACCAGCAGGGAAGCAGCAGCAGCAGCAGCGGUGGAACAGAAAUCAAAUGAAAACUCCAAGUGAAAGGACAAAGUGUUUGCUUGUCGUGACGACUGUGCCGCCAUCGGCGGGCGCCGUAUUCCUGCUGCCCGGCGGCGAUCAGAUGUGAUUCGAUCGUGAAGUGCGUGCUGCAGCCUUGCCCACAACCUAGCAGCCCAGCCGAGGCUCGCGUCUUAUUGCCGCACUGCUAGGCGCCCCAGUGUAAAUUUUGCCACUCUCCGUCAGCUAUUCAAACCAAUCAGAGGGCCGCGCAGUGAGAUAUAGCGUGUUAUUUAGUGUUUAGGGUAAUUACACAGUGUGCAACAGUGACAACUCGCCCUCCAAGCGCGAACCAAGCCAACAAGUGCCUGCGCUAGUCUCGCAGUGAAUCGGAGACAACAUGUUCUCCUCAUUGCCACCGAGCGCCACCGGCGGCGAUGGCGGUGUCGUAGUCGGCAACGUCAAGAAAGGUCCCAGCAAUUGGUUCUGGUCGUUGCGCCGUCAGCCGAAGCCGAAAAAGGCGAUCCUCGAGCCGGACAAACCACUGCAAAAGAGCUGCGUCGAUCUACCGUCCGCCACUACGAACGGGGGCUCCCCCGGUCCGUUCGGAAACUUGCCAACCCGACUCGAUGAGGUGGUGUCCACCAGCAGUUCCACCAUCGAGCGUCCCUCACCCGCCUGUACGUGCGAGUACGUGCAGGUGUUCGAACCGCCGGAAACGACGGGCAGCAUCUCCACGACUGCCACCAUCACGAAGACCGUGUCCCGGCACCACCAGCACGCCGACAAGCUGCUCGAAUCUGCCUCGUCCGACAGCAAUCUUGCCUUAAGCUCUGCUGCCUCCUCUCCGUUGGAGGGUGCUGGCAACGGGUUGCAACCGUACGCGACGAACAGUUUGCGGCGCCGGAAGGAACAACAGGUCGUGUACGGUGCGAAAACGGUCACAACCGUCACGAAGACGACCGUACUGAACCGUCAGCGGACGUACCGGGUGGGGCUGAUCUUCAGUGAUAAUGGAGAGCUGCUGAACAGUAACCUCGACCUGCGCCAGUUGGUGGAGGAAAGUAAGCGCAACUUCCUGAACGCGCUCGAGAACGGUGGUCCGGUGGAGGAUGGUUCUGCCAUUCCACCACCGCCCCGGUUAGUGCAAGAACCGGCCAAAGAAGCUAACAACAACGAACGGUUAAAGGAAGCUGCCCGACGUCCGGAGUUGCAGCAACAGUUUAGCAUACUGGACGACAGCAACUUUGACUUCAUCGAUGACAGUGCCGAUCUGUUCAACCGUAACUACCCGCAUCAGCCGCCGCCGGUGUCGGCAUCAUCGGGCGGGCUAGAACCAAGGUCACUGGUCGCAGCGGCAACAUCGGCGGGGGGAGCAGCUUCGACGUUCCCCAUUACCAAAGUGUUGCGUAUGUGCAACAACUGUAAAAAUAGAAGUAAUCUAGUCUACCAGCGAAGCUGCUCCCAGCCCCAUCGUAAGCAAAUCAACGAUGAGCUGAACGAGGUCGAGUCGGAGAUGAAAGCCCACGAAAGCAAGGAGGAGAACAAACAUUCCAACAAAGACAAACAGAUGGCGCUGGGGCGGAAAAAGUUCAACAUGGAUCCAAAGAAAGGAAUAGAAUUUUUAUACGAAAACCAGCUGCUAAGGACGGAUCCACAGGACGUGGCACAGUUCCUAUACAAGGGAGAAGGUCUCAACAAAACGGCCAUCGGCGAUUAUCUGGGCGAAAAGAACGACUUUAACGAGCAGGUGUUGAAGGCCUUUGUAGAGUUACACGAUUUUACGAAUCUUAUACUGGUGCAAGCUUUAAGACAAUUCCUCUGGUCAUUCAGACUGCCCGGCGAGGCGCAGAAGAUCGAUCGCAUGAUGGAAUGCUUCGCCCAGCGGUACUGCCAGCUCAAUCCGGACAUCUUCACCAACACGGACACGUGCUACGUGUUGAGCUUUGCCAUCAUUAUGCUCAACACCUCGCUCCACAAUCCAUCGGUAAAAGAGAAGCCCACGGUUGAACAGUUCAUUUCCAUGAACCGUGGUAUCAACAAUGGAGGCGAUUUGCCGCGCGAACUGUUAGAGUCCCUGUACGAGUCGAUACGAGCUGAACCGUUUAAAAUACCUCAGGACGAUGGGAACGAUCUGAUGCACACCUUCUUCAACCCGGACAAGGAAGGCUGGCUGUGGAAGCAGGGCGGAAGAUACAAAUCGUGGAAACGAAGAUGGUUUAUCCUGAACGAUAACUGUCUGUACUACUUCGAGUACACCACCGACAAGGAGCCGAGAGGGAUCAUUCCAUUGGAAAACAUUGCGGUGCGCGAGGUAACGGACCGGAGUAAACCGCACUGCUUCGAGCUGCACGCCAGCGGCGGGGCCGACAUCAUCAAGGCGUGCAAAACCGACAGCGAGGGUAAGGUGGUGGAAGGUAAGCACACCGUCUACCGGAUGUCGGCCGCGACCGAGGAGGAGCAGCAGGAGUGGAUCACCCGCCUGAACCAGUCGAUCAGCCACAACCCGUUCCACGACAUUCUAGUACAAAGGAAAAAGAAAGCCCUGGCCAAAAGUUAGUUAGCACUGUCCUGUUUGAAGAACUAAAACAAACAAAACAAAAAAACAAAAAUGUCCCCAAUGCCUGAAUGAACAUCAAUACAAAAACCACUCCCUCCACUCCUUCACUUCCCGUCCCACCCCAAUUUUCAAAAUCAAUCAGAAUGCAGGCGCUAAACACACACACACCCACAUUUAAAGGCAUAGCAAACGUAUUGUGAAAUCAAACUAAAAACAAACACAAAAAACGCCCGCAAAUGUUCUCAUCCGCCACUGUUCCAUUAUGUUGCGAUCGGAGAGGCAAAAUUUAAUGUGAAAAAACAGCAAUCAGAGAGAAAAGGUAGAUUGGAAGAAUUUUCUUCUACAAAAAUCGAUCGUCAGCCAACGAAAACCCUCUAACUGCGUUGUAGAGAUCAAACUGAUGGACCCGUGCAAGAUGUUAACAUUGUUCCAUACCGCCAAAAGCGUUAAAUUUAAACUAACAAUUCAUUCUCACGGACGGCAUAUAAAGAAAAUUAGGAAAAAGAGAGCGAGGUAGAGAAAGAGAAUAGAAAAAAAUCAAACGAAAAAAACCCGUUCAGGCAACCAACAUCCAACAUGCUUCGGCUGCGCAUACGAUCGUGCUUUUCUUUCUAUUAACUGCUUAUACGGCUCCUGCUCCUGCCAUGAUGGGGGGAAAGCCAAAUCAUCUGCUUGUUUGUGUGUUUAUGUUGCGUUUUGUGUGGUUAGCGAGUGAUAAUACCCCGACAUCAUUUGUGGCCAUGCGUGUGUGUUCGUACGUGUGCUACCGCUCUGUGCUGCUGGCUCUGUAACUUGGAUCCCUGUGUGGGACCAGGACAACUGUGUGCGUGUGCGGUGGGAUGGGAUGGUUCCUAUCUGUUUGUUUAACUGUUUGUUCGUUUCGAGCGUUAGGUUAAGUUAGUUCGAUGAAAAAGUUAGUUAAAUUCCGGUUCAAGUGCGCUUUUGAUGUAAGUGAAGGGAGAAGGUAGAAGAUACUAGCCCCCACACAUCGUCCCACGUUUAGAUUCAAUUGUCGUUGGUGCCGUUGCGUUCUGUUUAGAUUAAUUCGCUCCCCCAUUUCGUUUGGUGUGGCGGCUUCGAUUCGUGGGCUUGGGGGGGAGGCAGAUUUAAAUUAAGCGGGAAAUGAAUGCUCCUGCCCCUACACCACUGUUCGUAUCGGCCUUUUUGCAACGGUGCAUUCCCGGCCCGGUUACAGACGACCGGUGGAAUGUGUGUGUUUUAAUUUGUGUUAGGUCAGUAUUUCUGUUGCCGUGUCCUCGUGGUGGCAAUCCCGUUGCUUUGCUGCUGCCGCCUCCAUUCUCACCGGUCGAUCGUUGGAGGUUGUUAAAGCAGCAGGUGAAAGUUAGGAGAAAAUAAGCGGAAAAUGCGUAGUAUGUUUAGGUAAACGGCGACAGUGAUCCAACCGUUGGAUCGUAACUGUGAUCAUGAAUGGAUAGCGUUUAGAAAAAGAGAGAGAGAGAGAGGGCGAGCCACGUGAAAAUGCUUCUUUUUGCGCAAUAUAGGAACAAUGCAUGGACAAAACCACUCUACUACAUUGUAAAUAUACAUAAUAUAUACAGUCAUCAGCUAGGUAACCGUUAUAGAAAUGAGCUUUUUUGAGUGGUUGAGUUUUUGAGGGUUCAAUUUGUUUAGUUCCAUUGUGUCCAACCAGUUCAUGUCCCCUUUCACUUUUGUUGAGUGUUAAGUUGAUGCUAGUUACUCCUUAAAUUUCGAACAUAAAUCGUGCUUGACAGACAACACAAAGCAUCGAUGUCCAAUUAAACAAUGAACCCAAACCGUGUGUGUGUGUAUGAUGGGAUGUAGGUGUGUAAUAUAUAAAACUAUAAGGUAGAAAGGAGUGCCGCAACCACAGCAUCAUAAGUAAGGAUCGUAUUGCCUGCAAGGCAACAUUUUUGCAAUCCCACACCUCCUCAACGCCUCGGUCCUCUGGCACGUUGUUCCCCCUUUUUUUCACACGCACCUUUUUGCCCACAUUCGCGAUACCGCGUUUCCUUAUUUAUGCGCACCGACACCUCCACCAACCAGUGAACAUACAAACAUAGUCCUCCCACCGAGACAAUGCUGCGCCCCCCGUAAAGCUACCCUUCCUCAUCGUGGUGUGUAAUUGUAACCACUUUGUGUCAACUGCUCUGGCCUCUCUUGGCGCGCAUUGAGCUGUAAAGCAGCACCACAAGAGGAAGCGGGAAAGCUUCCUUUACACUUACGCAAUCACAAUUAUAAUUGUACUGGAAAAGGACCGAAAGGUAGGGAUAAAAUAGGGAAGAGUUAAAUGGAACAGGGGACAAUGAGGAGAAAAACAAAGCUAAAAAAAGGAAAGUGAUUUUAGGGAGGACGAUACUAACUGAUGACGAUAAUGGACGGUGUGUGGUGUUGUAGGUUAAAUUUAUAUAGCGCGCCUGUAGUUGUAAUCAUGGUACUGAACACACAUUAUAACUAGGUUUGGAAACAAGAAGAAUGGAGUGUAAAAGAGUAAGUGCGUGUUUUUGUUUGUAUUUUUUUUAAAUAAUUGUUGUAAAUAGUGGUGGUGGUUGCCGUAUAUUUUGUUUAUAAGUAAGUGCAACCACUAGAGAAAGAACAUGACAUUUUUGCCGUAGCUUUGGAAGGUUCAUUCGCAUGAUUCGCAUAUUUCAGCUGAAACUGUACAGCCACUAGGCUUUAAUACCGGUGGCAUUCUUUUAUUUUUGUUUUAAAGGGCUUUUCAAAAGCUCAUGGUAAUUCGUCGAAACUGUGUGAAAGUUAAUUUGCACAACCCCGACUGAUGGGGAUUCGGUGUUACGAAACUCAUCAAUUGCAAUUCCGCUGACGGUGUGCUGCUCCUGCUGUUUUACUCUAUUUGUUCUGGUUCCUUUUUUUUUUUCACUUUCCCACUUCCGGAAUCAUCGCGGAUCCAUGCAUGCAAAAAUCAUUUCACACGUCAGCUGAUGAAAAUUGGAAGCAUUCCAAUGUAUCCAUCCGCUCCCUUAACAGCAGCAGUUGAAUGGGAGGUAGAGAGAGAGAGUGAGUGAAAAAAAGUCGAAUAAUACGAUAAUAAAUAGGACCGAUGAGGGUUCGAUCGCUUGAUAAUGAUGAUUGAAAUUCGAUAAUAAAAAAAAACAGGGCGGAAGCAUAAAUAAUGACUACAAAAACUGCACUCUCCCUCUCUCUCUCGCUUCGGAACCGUUAACGGGAUGGGUCACGAUGGUAAACCAAAGCGUGUUGUGCACUGUGUGGCGCAAAUCCUGCUGAUGAGGUCUGGCCUGUUAGUUUCGCUUUUUUGUGUCUUUUCUUCACUCGGGGAAAAAACUAUAAUAACGAAAUAAAAUUUCCCCUUUUUCCGGUUUACUAUACCCUCGCCGGCCACACCAGUGAGCCGCACACUGCCCGUGGCACAAUUAAAAUGAUAUUUAAAACCGUCUCCUCUACCCCUGCCGGUGGAGAGGACAGCGUUGUGGCAGCGUGGCAGAGCAGUAGUGGGUGGUGGUAGUGGCCUAGCGGCGGCUGUAUAUGAAUUAAUUCAAUUUAAAUUGAUUUUCAUCUGGUUUUGUGUCGAUUCGAUUUUCGCAAAUCUCACACACGGUUCCGAUCGUUACUGGCUUGGCUGGCUGACUAUCGGCUAUCGUAUGCAGAGAGGCGAUCCGGCUCCCCUUUUCAUCGCACUUUACCAAUAUGUAUCUGUUUCUCAUUUUAUUAUUUAUUUUGCUUUUCUGUACGAUAAACCCAUCGACUCUGUUAACUCUCUCCUUUUCUCUCUCUCUUUCUCUCUGUGUCCUCUUUAUUUUUUGUCCCAAACAAUCAAACGCUUUUGCUUUUCGAUUGGGGGGUGUUCAGGGUGUCGUCGCCUUGCAGCAAGCACCAUGCGAUACUAUUGACCCAGUUCGGGAGUGCGUGCGAGUUGGACUUUCGGAUUCUCUCUAUUUGUCAUCCAAACUUUGGGCCAAAUCUUUUUUCGCCAUUUUUUGUUUUUUGCGCAGUUAGUUUACGCAGCGGCACAAUUAGUGUAUGGCGUGUAGUUUGUGUAAAUCAUAGUAAAACGGAGAUGAAACUCGGCUUUAUUUUAUCGCCAUGAGUUAUGGGCGUGUUGUGUUGUGAGUGCUGCACACAAUUAAAACACUGUUUUUUUUUUUUUGGAGGUGUGAUUGUAGUUCAUGUUCGAGUUACUACUGGUAGUGAUUAUUCCACUUCUAUUUUCCUUUUGUGUUGUAGCGUUUGGUUUGUUGGUUCUAGUCAGAUUGCACAAUUUGUCUAUCGUUUUAUUGCAUUUCAUAUAUUUAUGCAAGAGAUUUAGGGAGAAAGAUGAGUUGAGCUGUGGAGAGUGUAAUAAAAAUAAGCUUUAUCGUAUUUAUUUUAUUUGAAAUUGCUAGACCGGAUCAGCUUGUAGGCAAUAACAACGACAUGAAUGGUGCUAUGUUGUAAGUGUUUCUCAUCAUGAUUAGCAUUUUUUUUUUAAUGGAAAUUUGUAAAGUUCACAAAACAUUGAGUAUUCAGAUUAUUUUAGAAGCAAUUAAUUUCAAAGUAAAUAAACUUCCGAAGAAAGAUCUCCGAACUAUAGUUAAAAGUUCACAGAUCAUCACGUUGUUAAUAAAGCAUAUUGUUCCUUAUGGAAAGAAGUAAAACAGGCUAGAAAAGGAAAGUAUAAAACGAAAAAUGAGGCAAGAUCCAACAAAUCAACAUAAAAAUAGAGAGGAAAACAAACAAACAAAGUACCAACGAAUGUAGAAAAGGAAAGGAAUAAGCUAAAUAAGUAAAAAAAAAAAAUAAGAAAACUGGUUUUAAGUGCAAUGAUGUAAAGAUAUGAUUUA